GAAAUGGUUAUGUUGCGUGUGGCGUCAGACUUAACAAGCGGAUUAUUGUGAUUACAGUGAAAAUACAUCUUUUACACAGUGCUAAGACAGAAAUGAAAACAUUUCACCGAUUUGUGUAAUGUCAGUUAUCAAUUAGGUAGACGCUGAGGAGAUACAAGUGAACUCUUUCAAGGGAUACGUAAUUGCAACACCAGUGUUGAAGUAUUGUUGAUGGCCUUUACCAUCGCCACUGCCACUUGAAGUAUACAUAAAUGUGGCGUUUGCAUUACACGUUGCUCUUUAAAUGUGUUCAUUGUCUGUUUUCUGUGUGUCUGUUGAUAGAGCAGUUUGCAACACGGCAAAGAAGUUAAGGACUUCAGUCGAGCACAGAUGAAGCCUGGCAAAGAGGGACAUAGUAGACAUAACAGUACACUGCAGGUUUAGUAAAAUAUGGCAGAUGGUCAAGAUGAAACGCAUGGCUGCAUGGGCUUCGAAAGACAAGCUCAAAAGAAAGCAAACCAUUCCACCAAACCAAAGAAAUGCAAACACUUGUCUCAGAAGCUAACAGACAGAUCAGUGGGGAGAGCUCGAGUCAACAUUGGAUUGGCAUUUAAGAGGUGGCGUGAACUGAAAGCAGCAAAUGGAUUGAAAUCUGACGCAGAAGUGGCACUGUGUCUUCUGGAUGUAAUGAAGAGGUUACCCUCUAGGUCAGAUUCCUCUGGACCCAGUGAUAAAAAGAUCAAAUUCUCCCCAUCUGAAGUGCAGACACUGAUCGAGCAGGAGGUUCGCACGGCAGUGAAAAAGAAUGAAACCAAGCUGCAGGGUUUAAUAGAAAAUAUUCAACAGCUGGAUUCUGGAGUUGACUAUGAAAGCUCCAUCCAGAAACUGGAGGCUCGAAUUAACACAAUAACUAAGAGAGCAGAAGCAGCUCUCACCUACAUGACAAAGAAGCAAAAAAAGAGCUCACUGCCAUCUGGUGUUAAUGUGGACACAGUCAGGUCACAAUGCAAUGAUAAUACCAUGGAAACCGAGUCACAGAUAGACAGAAUGAGCAAAGACAAGAGUGGAGCGCUCUUUCAAGUGAUGGAAACCACAAAAAAGGCACUAAAGAAGAUGCAUGCUGAUAAUGAAGCUUUAACAGAUGCCAUAGCAGAUUUCAAUGAGGAACUGUCUCCUCCGCUUCUUACUCCCUAUGGCUCUCCUGAGUCUAAGAAGUUUAUCAGGGUCAUAAAGAAAGAGCCAGAAGAUCAACAGGAAAAAGAAAACAAUGUCACAGAGCCAAAGGCUGAGAGGGUGAAAGUAGAACCUCUCACUUUUGGCGACAGUAACAGUCCCACGCACACAGGCUCAAAUCAGGACGAGCUCUCGUAUCCUCCUCUUCCCUCCACCACCUUCCCCUCCAUUCUGAGCAUGGAAGCAGCCUCAUACAACAUCCCCCAGAAACCAGAAGUCCAGCUUGCUCUCAUCAGGAACCCCGCUGGCCUCUCUGUGCUCUGGAACGUGGAGGAGAAAGACCCUUCUGCGCCGCCCAUGGAUUGUUACAGCGUCUAUAUGACUAUGGAAAAGGUUAAGGGUAGUGGCGUCUUCCCAAAAUGGAAUAGCCUUGGUGAGGUGAAGGCCAUCACUCUGCCCAUGUGUGUGUUGAUCAGCAGGUACAAGCCGGGGCACAAGGUGUGUGUCGCUGUGGUGGGGAAAGACAAGUUUGGCCGGUACGGACCCUACAGUAAAGUUGUAACCGCAGCCAUACCUGAGUAGUUGGGAGGGAGGAUAUGGGUUCAGGGGAGAGGCAACACGAGCACCGAAUGGUCAAGUGGGAUUUAACCACCCGUCACGUUUGUACUUUCUCACUUAUCAAGGUGUAAUUCAAACAUCCUUACGGUUGAUAACAUCAGGAUGUCCUGGAGGUACAAUUUUCGUAAAAAUUGUUUUUGGGUACAAUUUUACAUACAUAUGAUUUAAAACUUUUUCAACCAAAUGAAACACAGUGAAAUUGCACCCAAAUGUAAAUAGGACCCUUGCUGCCUUUGCGGGGCCUUCCAGCAAUGAUUACCGCUCCAACGUAAGCAGUGUAGUUAGUAGCCAUGUGUAAGGCAGUCCUUUUGCUGUUUGUCUGCCACUCAUGCAGAAAUUGGUCGGGCCGUAAAUAAACAGUACAGCGUGAGUUGUCAUUAUACUUCGGAAAGUGUAGCAUUCAUAAAAUUGUUUGUGUAACAAUGUUGAAUUUUUAAAUAUGCUAUUAAAGUAUGCUCUGUAAGAUUUUUCAGAUUUAUCAUUUAUACAAUAAAAAUCUCUAAAAACACUGGA